CCCGGGUUUUGUGCGGUGCGACUUGUCCGGAAAAGACUAUAAGCAUCCCAGGGCCUGAACGGAGGAUCGUCCUGGUGGGCAGAAGCGGAAAUGGGAAAAGUGCAACAGGAAACACAAUUCUGGGAAGAAAAGUCUUUAAGCUUAGGAUGUCAUUUUGGUCAACAACAGAAAUAUGCCAAAAGGAGGAAGCACAGUUGAAUGGCAGGAAGGUUGUGGUUGUUGAUACGCCUGGCUUUUUCCCUACCAUAGGUCUACAGAAGGACAUUGUUGCAGAAGUGAGCAAGGGCGUGAAGUUUUGCUCCCCGGGUCCCCACGUCAUUCUGCAUGUGAUGCCUCUUAGUUAUUUCAUCCGGAAGGAGAUGGAGGUGAUUCAGCUCAUCAAAGAGGUUUUUGGCUUUAAAGCCAAGAAUUACAUAAUCCUCUUGUUCACCCACAAAGAUCACCUGAAAGGUCGAUCUCUAGAACAAUUUAUAUCUGCCAAAGCUGAAGACCUGAAGGAAUACAUUGCUGAAUGUGGGAACCGGAUGCUGGCUUUCAACAACGAGGCCGAAGAGGAAGAACGAGAGGCUCAGGUGGCCAAACUGAUGGCCAUGAUUGAUGAUCUGGCGGAAAGGAACAGAAAUGCUCCUUCUUAUACAUAAGACAUGAUGAAAGCCAACAAAAGACACAACCUCUGUUUGUUUCCCUUUCCAUCAGAGACCAAAAUGACUCUCUAAUUAAGAGACUGCUCCCAGCUCUGCCAUAGGCCUCAGCUCUUCUGUUUGGUGUUCUAAUCCAGCCCUCGCCAUGUGACCUCUGAAGAACCCAAGUCAGAGAUAGAUAGCUGAGUCCUCCUCAGCCAAUUCCUUCUCUCAGGAACCCAUUUUCUCCUCUCGGAUGACAGGACUUCCUUCAAGUGCAUUGGAAGAUCCAGUCCCCCCGCCCCAAAUCAACAGGCCCCACAGUCUAAUUCUCUACCACCCGGACAACUGUCCCUUUGGAAACACAGACUCUUUGGGGCUUCUCCAUCUGUCAGUCUUUCAAGGUCGACCAGGCCGGGAAGCCAAUAACACGAGGAAUAUUAGAGUUUCACUUCAUUGAUAUGGGUUAUAGUAGCAGAAUCUGGAAAGCAUCAUCCCUUUGCUCCCUUUGGCACCAAAGAGCAUCAAGGCAGGGCAGCCCUGAGGUUCUUUCCCACACUUACCUGUUUUCCUGUGGUUAAUCCGUGUUUUCUUAACAGUUGCCACAAUUUUUCUGCAAGGCUGUUUCUAUAAUCCUCUACGCCAGGAGUCCCCAACUCACAGGCUUUGGACCGGGAGUUGUCCAUGGCCCACCAGGAACUGGGCUACGCAACUUAGCAGAGCUUCAUCUGUGUACACGUAGGACCCAGGAAGUGUAUGAAACUGGCA